AUGAGUGUUGCUUUUUAUUUCUUUCAUGAAACUUCAUGUUCUCUGGUACAGAAAUACAACUACUUUUUGUUUUCUUUUGUUUCAGAUUUGGAUUUACAGUGUGAGAUAAUUAGCUACAUAGAAAUACCCUCUUGUGAAGCAGAUAUAUCUUCUACACAUCAGAGCAUAUAUAAGAGAGAGAAACUCUAUGAAUGUAAGAAAUGUCAGAAGAAAUUUAGCAGUGGCUAUCAACUUAUUCUCCAUCACAAGUUUCAUAUCAUUGAGAGACCCUAUGAAUGCAAAGAAUGUGGGAAGAAUUUUCGCAGUGGCUAUCAACUUACUCUACAUCAAAGAUUUCAUACUGGUGAGAAACCCUAUGAAUGUACAGAAUGUAAGAAGAACUUUAAAAGCGGUUAUCAAUUAACUAUACAUCAGAGAUCCCAUACUGGUGAGAAAACCUAUGAAUGCAGAGAAUGUAGAAAGGCCUUUAUUUAUGCCUCGCACAUUGUUCAACAUGAGAGAAUUCAUACGGGUGGGAAGCCUUAUGAAUGUCAGGAAUGUGGGAAGGCCUUUAGUCAAGGUGGACACCUUAGAAUUCAUCAAAGAAUCCAUACUGGUGAAAAACCCUAUAAAUGUAAGGAAUGUGGGAAGGCUUUUAGUAGGCGUUCAAAUCUUGUUGAACAUGGGCAAAUUCAUUCUGAUGAGAAACCAUAUGUAUGUGAGAAAUGUGGAAAGGCCUUUAGAAGAAGUCAUCAGCUUACUGUACAUCACAGUGUUCACACUGGUAAAAAGCCAUAUGAAUGUAAAGAAUGUGGAAAGGGCUAUACUACUGCCUCAUACCUUCUUCUACAUCAAAGAAUUCAUAAAAGUGGGAAACCAUAUGAAUGUAAAGAGUGUAAAAAAACCUUUACUUUGUAUAGAAAUCUUACACGACAUCAGAAUAUUCAUACUGGUGAGAAACUUUUUGAAUGCAGGCAAUGUGGGAAGGCUUAUACUACUAGUUCAAAACUUUUUCAACACCAGAAAACUCAUACUGGUGAGAAACCCUAUGAAUGUAAGGAUUGUGGAAAGGCCUUUAGCUUAUAUGAGUACCUUAAACAACACCAGAAAAUUCAUACUGGUAUGAAACGCUUUGAAUGUAAGGAGUGUAAAAAAACCUUUACUUUGUAUAGAAAUCUUACUCGACAUCAGAGUAUUCAUACGGGUAAGAAACUUUUUGAAUGUCAGGAAUGUGGGAAGGCCUAUAGUACUGGCUCAAACCUUGUUCAACAUCAGAAAACUCACACUGGUGAGAAACCCUAUGAAUGUAAGGAAUGUGGAAAGACUUUUAGCUUGCAUGGAUAUCUUAAUCAACAUCAGAAAAUCCAUACUGGUGUGAAACCCUAUGAAUGUAAGGUAUGUAGAAAAACCUUUACUUUCUAUAGAAAUCUUACUCUACAUCAGAGUAUUCAUACUGAUGAGAAACCUUUUGAAUGUAAGGAAUGUGGAAAGACCUUUAGACGUAGUUCACACCUUACUGCACAUCAGAGUAUUCAUGCUGAUAAAAAACCCUAUGAAUGUAAAGAAUGCGGAAAGGCCUUUAAAAUGUAUGGAUACCUCACACAACAUCAGAAAAUUCAUACUGGUGGAAAACCUUAUAUAUGUAAGGAAUGUGGGAAAGCCUUUAGUCGUGCUUCAAACCUUGUUCAACACGAAAGAAUUCAUACUGGUGAGAAACCCUAUGUAUGUAAGCAGUGUGGGAAAACCUUCAGAUAUGGCUCAGCCCUUAAAGCCCAUCAGAAAAUUCAUAAGAGUGUAAAAGUCUAAGAACUUAAGUACUAUGAGAAUGCCUUUAGAUAUGCCCAAACUUUUUCAACAUCAGACAACAUUCAUACCGGUGGGAAAUGAUUGAAUGUUAGUCUUAUAGGCAUGUCUUUAGCAAAUAAGAGAAUUCAUAAUGCAGUUCUUGCCACACUAGAAAGCAUUCAAUGUCAGUCCCGUUUUAAUGGAACAUUUGACUACCCAAUGGCAAAUUAA